CGAGGGCGGCGCCUUCCAAGUAAGUUUCCCGGAGCGCGCGGCUCCCCCGGGACGGCUCUGCAGUCCCAGCUCGGCGGCGGCGGUGUCACACCUCUUCUUUUAGGAUUCCAGACCAAAAUUGAAAGACAAAAAUGGCUGGCCUCACCCAACUAGCCGAGAAUGAUGUAUUCAUGGCCUUUGCCUCCUAUGCAACGAUUAUUCUUUCGAAAAUGAUGCUUAUGAGUACUGUCACUGCAAUGCAUAGAGUAACAAAAAAGGCUUUUGCUAACCCAGAAGAUUGUGCAAGUUUUGGCAAAGGGGAAGCCGCGAAGAAACAUCUUCGGACAGAUGACAGAGUGGAACGUGUACGAAGGGCCCACUUGAAUGACCUUGAAAACAUCGUGCCCUUCCUCGGCAUUGGCCUCCUCUAUUCCUUGAGUGAUCCAGAUCUGUCUACAGCACUCCUGCAUUUCAGACUCUUUGUUGCAGCACGGAUCUACCACACGGUUGCAUAUUUGACACCCCUUCCCCAGCCAAACAGAGGGUUGGCUUUUUUUGUUGGCUAUGGGGUUACAUUUUCAAUGGCUUAUCAAUUGCUGAAAAAUAGAUUGUACUUAUAAGGCAGAUCCCGUGACUCAGCAUCUAGUUUGUUUUUGUUCAGAGUUCUGUGCUUCCAACUUAUAAUGCAUAUUUUCUUAGGUUUUAGAAGGAGGCAAGAUUUAAGAAUUGUGCACAACGCAUUCUGAAUAUUUUGAUUGUUAUCAUUUGUAACUCUUAUUCCACAUUUCAUAUUACUAAGCUAGAGAAAGUCUGAGUCAUUCUUGGCUAAAUUUGUAUUUCUUAAUUGUUGAAUUGAGCAAGUGAAAUAAAGCAUUUAAAUGAUG